UGUUCUUUAAUCGUGUAUUUUUAAACCGUCGAUGAGUGAUCGGAGUCUGAAAAAGUCUCUUCCCGGAAAAAGCAACCGCCCGGCGGAUGAGAAUUUGGAUCUCUUCUCAGUCAACCGUGGAACUUCUGUAGAUGUUUUGAUUAAACCAGGAAGACAUUCUUUCCAACAAGCUAAAGUUGCUAAGCAUGGACCUAAUGAUGACAAGAAUCACAAGAUACAUGCAAAUGAACCGCUUUAUACCAUUGCAGAAGUUCCAUUAGGAGAUCUUUCUAGAUUGGUUCUAGAAGCUAGAAACACAACUUCCAAGCUUCAGUCCAUAACCACUACAAGGGCUGCUUUAAGGAGCGAGAGUGAUCAAUCUUCAAGACCAACCAGAAGCGGUUCAACAAUUCGUCCCUCCAACAUUCCCACUCUCAGAUCCUCAUCGGUCCCCAAGAAGACAACAACAACAACAAUUUCAGCUUCAGCUUCAGCUUCAGUUUCUUCUCCAAAACGAAAUGUCUCACGAUCUUUAACUCCCUCAUCACGCAAAAUACCAUCACCAUCCUCAACUCCUUCAAGAAUCAGUACAACUACUUCAACAACUCCUUCCUUCAAUAAAGCUGGAGACGCUCAACGAUCAAGAUCGUUGACUCCAAGAUCAAAGCCUCAGAUUGCAGCAAAUUCAAGUAAGACCAAUGUGCGUUCUUCAUCUGUUUCAGCAACACCUCGGACACCACCAAGACUAAAAGAAACAGUCACUCUAGCGUUUGGUAGACCAGUGGGGAAUGUUAACUCGCCAAAACGAAACACCUCACCGGAUGUUACAAGAACGAGGCCUAAAGGACGCUCUGCUUCUCCUUCUCGGAUUCCGACUUUUUCAGGCGUCUCACAUACAACAGUAACUCCCAAAUCUGUAAAGCCAUCUACCACUGUUGCGGAUUCAACUAGGCCAGGAAGAAAAUUGUCAAGAGCUUCGGUUCAAAUGGCUAUCAAUCACUUGGACGUGGCACGAAAUGGUAAAGUUAGUACACAUACGUUUUCAAGCACUAUGUUGUAUCCACACAGCAUCAGAUCUUCUUCUUUGGGUCUAAGAAAGCCGUGUGGUAGUAGUGAAGGCAGCUGCAGCAGCAGCAACCAUGAAGAGGAAGAUGGACGAAACUUAACGAAAGAAGGAGAUAACACAGAGAAUAAGAAAGAUAGUGCUCGUUACGACGCACUCUUGAAUGUUAAAGAUGUCAAGGAUACAAACUGGCUACUUAACAUUGAUGAUGAAUCUCAUCAAUCUCUCAUCUUCGACAAUGCUUUCGAAUCUCCUCCUGAUCUAUUCCCUCCUCUCUGAUUCCUUUUGAUGUUUUUUUUUCAUGUUUGUUAUAGUUUAAAACAAGAGAGCUGCUUGGAAAAAUAAUCCUGUUUCACUCUU